CUCUGUAACGUUGCAAUUCAACUCAAAACCUCUCUCUCGUCUCUGCAUCCGCUCCCUUCCCCUAACACACAGAAGGUUAGAUGAAUCGUGUUUGCUCGAGAAUGUACAAGUUCUACUCGCAGCCUGGUUAUCCCAGGGCUAUUAGGAUUGUAUUCUACUCGACUGAAACCCCAAAUCCCUUUACUUCAGGCGGGAGUCUGUACAAGAGGAUUUCUCCAGUGGGAGAUCCUAGUGUUUCAAUAGUGCCAGUGCUCAAUCAAUGGAUUGAAGAAGGAAAAACUGUCAGCAAAAGACAACUUCAAUCGAUGAUUAAGCAACUCAGAGACUACAGACGAUUCAACCAUGCUCUCGAGGUGUCUCAGUGGAUGAGCGAUCGUAGGUACUUUGACCUAUCACCAUCUGACAUUGCUGUUAGGCUGGACUUGAUUGCAAAAGUUCAUGACCUAGAACAAGCGGAAGAGUAUUUUAAUAACACUCCAAAACAUUUAAGAAUCUUCUCGACAUAUGGUGCUCUUCUCAACUGCUACACCUAUCAUAAAUCUUUGGAGAAAGCAGAGGCUCACAUGCAGAAGAUGAGGGAUUUGGGGUUUGCAAUGUCAUCAAUAGCUUACAAUGUAUUGAUGAACCUAUACUCUCAAUUGGGACAGCAUGAAAAGCUAGAUAUCCUGUUUCAAGAAAUGGAAGGAAAGGGCAUCUCUCCGGACAAGUACACGUUCAGCAUCCGGCUAAGUGCAUAUGCAGCCACUCUUGAUAUUGAAGGAAUGGAGAAGAUUCUAGAGAGGAUGGAAACAGAUCCUCAGGUCAUUAUGGAUUGGAAUGCUUAUGCUGUUGUUGCAAAUGGGUACAUAAAAGCUGGGUUAAUAGACAAGGCAUUAGAAACGCUGAAGAAAUCGGAGGAGCUGGUCACUGGUAAAAAGAGAAGGUCUGCUGUUGAUUUCCUCCUCACACUGUAUGCUAGCACAGGGAAGAAAGAUGAAUUGUACCGAAUCUGGGAUCAGCAUAAAACAUUAGAAAAGGUAUACAAUUCAACAUAUAUGUGCAUGAUUAGUUCGCUAUUGAAGUUGGAUGACAUUGAGGGCGCCGAGAAGAUCUUAGCAGAGUGGGAAUCUGGUGGAACUGCGUAUGAUUUCCGUGUUCCAAACUUGUUAAUGGCUGCUUAUUGCAAGAGGGGUCUUUGGGAGAAGGCCGAAGCAUUUAUAAAUAAGGCUACAGAGAGGGGGAAGAAACCUUAUCCAACUACAUGGGACUGUUUGGCAACUGGAUAUGUUGAGGAUAAUCAGAUGCCAAAAGCAGUGGAGACAAUGGAAAAGGCAAUCAUGGCAAGCCGACCAGGGUGGAAACCAAACUGUUCCACUUUGGCUGCUUGCCUGGAAUAUUUGAAAGGGCAAGGAGAUACAGAAGGGGCAGAGGAGUUUAUUAGGUUACUUAGGACCCAAAGUAUCUUACCCUCCAAUGUUUGUGAUGAAUUGCAGAAAUAUCUUGAAGAUGGAAAACUGGAAUCCGACACACUUAUCCAGAUCAUAAAGAAUGCUUUUGGCGAGGGAAAGGGGGGAAUCCCCAAAAUGAGAUUGGAAAGCUGCAGCUGAAAGUAUUAUAUGAGGUAUCUUAGGGCUCAAGUUGACCAAUGAUUGUGAUGCCACCGCUUUCACGGUCACCAAUUGACCUUUGAUAGGUCAGACAAAUUGUUGGAAACUAUGAGCAUUCUAUUGAAAAAUCAUCAUAGUGAAGUUCAUGAAGUCAUUUGAUCAUUGAGGGAGAUUCAGCCUUGGUUAUUAAAUGGUUCUCUUCUAACAAAGGGGCCCCUUAGAGAUACUUGCAUCUAAUUAGAAGGAUCUCUUAAAUCAGUUGGUAAUGUCUUAUUCUCAUGGAGAUGAGGUCUGCUAAUGAGUUAGCAAAGUCUGGGUUUGUUGAUUAGUUGUAUGAUCGUUUUGGGGGCCUUAUUCCUUUCUUAUUGUUGUUUUUCUUUCUCUU